GGUCGGCAAGCCGAAGCCCGACAGUGCAGCGCUGCAAGCCCACUAACGGUCCUGACCUCCGCGCAUGCGCAACGACAUCAGAGCGAGAGCCAUCGCCCAACACCACCACAUCACCGCACAUUUCCAUCAAACAAUUGACGAAUCCAUCAAAUUGGCGCGCCGACGAUUCUGAUGACACCCACAUCUCCCGACUGGACCGCGACGUGGGAGGAAUCAGGUGCCGCGGAGGUGGAGGGGCAGGACCAGCGCAGCUACUCGGCGGCGGGAUGACCUCGACGCCCCAGCGAGGACUCUCCAACGGCUAUCCAUCGCGCCCCCUCCCCAAUGGCCUCCAUACCCCAUUGUCCCGUCGGCAGGCGAGUUUGACCCGCAAUGGCGCGGUUAUUGGUGGCGGGCUGGGCGCGGCAUCGGCCGCGGGUGAAGAUGAGGAACGGGAGGAAGAUGCUACGCAUGCGUUAUUGGGCCAGCGGUGGGCAGAUGCUGAGGAAAGGAUCGCGACGCUGUUUGACCGUGAUGGGAGGAUAUUGAAGCGGAGAAAGAAGGCGGCAAGUCUGACUGCAAUUAAUGGUCCUGCUGUUGCAGCGGAGAGUGCCAAGACUUCCGCUCCGCCCAAGAAAGCUGCGCGACAGGUUGACGACGAUUACGGAGAUAGCGACGAUGAGGAUGAGGACAGUAUAGCGGAGAAGGAUACCCCGCUUAAGGCGAAAGGAAAGGCUGCUCUUGCCAAUGGCUUGCUGCCGCAUGCUGUUCAGUCGCCUGCACCCGCUGUCCAGCUUACUGCCGUCCGGUCGAACACUACCUUGUCCUCUGGACAUGCCAAGUCAUCGGAGGAAGUACGCAAGCAACUGGAGGAGGACAAGAAGGCUGCUGCCGAUGCUGCAAAGCGCAGUUUCCAGACCAUGUUCUACACAUGGGAGAACGACCGGGAUGCCAUGCUGGAACAGCAGAAACUUGACGAGCUCGAUCGCGAAGUCGAGAACGAGACUUCUGCUGGUAAUGAUGGUACUGGUGCUGGUGCUUCAUCUGUGGCCAACCAUGGCACGCUUGGCAGUGCCGACCUGGGCGCAUCAAGCCUGACACUCAAGCAUCUUAUCGCGCGCAUCGACGCGAAACGGCAUCUGGUUCAAGCGUCCGACAACCAGCUUCGUACCCUCAUCUCCGAAGUACGCAAGGGGCGCUCCAAGUGGGCGUCCGAAGAUCGCGUUGGUCAAGAGGAGCUCUACGAGGCCGCCGAGAAAGUGCUUAUGGAGCUCAAAGCGCAGACCGAGUAUGCGCAACCAUUCCUCAACCGCGUCAUCAAGCGUGACGCACCCGACUACUUCCAAAUCAUUAAGCACCCCAUGGACAUCGGUACUAUGCUGAAGAAGCUCAAGACAAUGGCGUACAAGUCCAAGCGCGAGUUCGUGGAUGAUCUGAACCUCAUCUGGUCGAACUGUCUGAAGUACAAUUCCAAUCCGGAUCAUCCGUUUCGGAAAAAGGCGCUCUACAUGCGCAAGGAGACCGACAAACUCACGCAGCUUAUUCCAGAGAUCACCGUCCGCGACCGCGCGGAGGUGGAAGCCGAGGAACGUAAGAUGAAUAUGGCUGACGCCGACGAAAGCGACGAGGAAGAUGACGCGCCGCUCGCUUCUCGUGGGCGUAAGGCGCCGAAGAAGGGUGUUAAGGGCGCACCGUCUUCAGCACGCAAAGCACCGAGCGUGGCGGUCGACGAAACAGACUCGCCUGCGCCGCCGGAUGUCAAGCCAUUGAUGCAUGCAUCGACGUCGCAUCUGCGGAACGAAUUUCUGCGAGCGGACUCCGAGACGCAAGAUGCAAGCUCUGCCGGCUUCUCAACGCCUCCGCCGGGUACAGCUACGCCGCUGGUGAAUGGCGUGCAUGGCGUAGGUAGUCAACCGGACGUCAUGGAAGUGGAUGGCUUUGGCGGGCAACAGUCCGUUCUUAACGCGCCGCAAGACGAUCCGGACGAGGAUGACACCGAGUUCAAGACGUGGAAGCAGGUCACGAAGAAGGAUCGAGCGAUUGCAGCGACUGAACGAAACCGACUGUUUCAGGGCGAGCGAGGCGAAAGGCUUAACAUCGAUGAACCGGCACUCUUGCGAAGCAAAGCUGCGAUGCGUAGAUGGAUGCGACAGCAGAAGAUGCUGCAGUCGCAAAAAGGUGAUGCGGAGUCUGAUGCUCAUGACGACGCAGACGCGGCCGACUCCUCCGCCCUAACCGGAGAGACUCUCGCAGAAGGCAUUGAAAAAGAUGAAGACUCCACGCUGCCGGACUACUACAACCCUCUCUCUGCCAUUCCCAAUCUGCAGGAGCGGUGGAUGUGGACGACCGACUCGGCAGGCCAUGCAAUCCAGCAAUCCGAGAAAUGGCUCCGCAUGCACCCUCGUGAGCGCUUCGUCUCAUCGUCUUCUUCCGGCGGCACUGGUGGCAGCAUCUUGACCCGCAAAAUGGAAGCCAACAUGAGGCAAAUGCAGGAAACACGUAAAGUGUGCUCCAAGAUCAGCUUGGUCAAGCAGAUGCAAUUGCAAGGCCAGACGUACCAGAACCAGUUCCAGAGAUACGAACCCCAGCCGUUUGUGGAACAGGACAUUGGCACCGUCGUCGUGAGCGAGGAAGGCCCGCUUAUUGCGCCCUGGCUUAACCGCGCGGCGCUGCAGAGGUCCGUUGGCAAGAUCUUCUACCAUGCGGGGUUUGAGGACUUUCAGCCGAGUGCGUUGGAUGCGGCGGUGGACUUGGCUGGGGAGUACUUUGGCAAGCUCGUUGAGGGAUUCAAGGUUUAUAGAGAGCAGCCGAAGCGGAUGGUUGAGGGAGAGAAGGCAGUGGGCAAGUUUAGCUUCGAAGAGCAGGUACUGCAUACGUUGCAGGAAGGUGGGUUGGAUCUGGAGAACUUGGAAGGCUAUGUCAAGGAUGAGGUGGAUCGGUUGGGCACGAAGUUGGGCGUGGUGCAUGAGAGGAUGAAGGGCCACCUAGCUGACUUGCUCCGACCCGCCCUCGGCGACCACGCAGGCGCAGACGGCGUCGGCGCCUUCCAAGACGGCAGCGAACAAUUUGUCGGUGGCGACUUCGCCGAAGACCUUGACGAAGACUUCUUCGGCUUCCGCGAACUCGGUCUCGCGGCCGAAUUCGGCCUCGAAAAUCUGUCCGUCCCUCUCCAUUUACUUCAAAACCGCAUGCAGAGCGCCUUCCAAGCCCAACAUCAAGGCCCUACGACAAGCACUGGCCUUAUCUUCCCGCCGCCCGAGCCUUACGAGGCUAUCUCGAGCGAGAAUCUGGGCGAGAUGGUCGGCAUUGCGCAGGACUUCUUCCGGGCCCGACUACGCACUGCGGGCGUCAAGGGCGAUGAAGGGGUGGUUCGGUUGGUGGAGGACGAAGAGUUACCGUUGAAACAGCGGUUUCCGAAGCCCAGGUUGCCGCCUACGGGUAAAAUCUCGAGUCCGCGAAAACGGCCUAUUCGGGAGCAGCAGCAGGCGGCGAAGAAGAAGCGGAAGUUGGAUGUGGAGGGGAGGGCGGAGGUGAGGUUGGGGGGCCUGGGCAAGCCGGUGGGCGCGUUGAAGUUGAAGAUGCCGCCGGAGAAUGGUGUGGUGGAGGAGCCAGGGAAGGGUGAGACUGGUACUGCUGCGGCUAUGAUUAGUCCGGAGAGUAUUGCGGGAAAUUAAGGGCAUGUUGAGUGCUGAUGUGGACAUGACGGAUUGGUAGGAGACGCGCGUCCACCAAGUACAUGUACGUGGUGUCGGAUAACCAGCAAUCACGGAUCGCGUUGCGGGGGGUGGUGAGGAGAGUGUGAGGUGAAAGUGGAUGGCCGGUGGGAAGACCGGCUGGUUGAUGCUUUUUUCAAGAUGCUGACGGGGAGGCUAUCGUUCUCUUGGAUGUUGAUAAUGUCGGGAUCAGGCGUUGCGGGUUUCGAAAGAUGAAAAAGACAGGACUGACUAUACCCUGGAUUCGAAGACAGAAUUAUAGUAUGUGCGUUUCUUUAAGGCGAUAGGCACCUAAUGACCUGCAUUUCUAGGAGAUGAGGGUAGUACGCGCGUGGGACUUGUAUGAGAUUUGUAUAGCGAGCGCCUUGCGCUCUUGGAAUGACCUAUGAUUGUAAUGCUACAUCAACCACCCAAAUCAAGAACAAUUUGGUUGCAGCG